AAACACCACCAUGGGCUGUCACGAUGUCUUAAAUUGGUAUCGCGGACCAAGGGGCAGGAAUCGACUGACACCGUCGAUCCGGCACCUACCGCCCUAUUUAGGUAUCAGUACUAGAACCUAAAUCUCAUUGCCCCUUAGCUCCGAUAAGGAGAACCCCGAAUCACAUAACGCUAGGGAUCUUCCUGACUCCUAUUCUGAUAAGCAUACGACUGCUUUGACUUACACAUUAGUCCGGAAAACAUGGCUACGGCUCGGGCUGUGAAAGUGGCUGCCGUUCAGGCGGCGCCCAUCUCCUUCGACCUCGAAAAGAGUCUAGAAAAACUAACUAGAAUAGUCGGUGAGGCGGCUGGAGCCGGGGCAGACCUUAUCGUGUUUCCUGAGGCAUUCUUGUCCGCGUAUCCAUGGAGAUAUGCGUUUGAUGCUACGAUUGGUGCUCGAGAGCCGCGUGGAAGAGAAUGGUAUGCGAAGUACUAUGAUUCAGCUGUUGCCGUGCCUUCCCCGGCAGUUGAUACCAUCUCGAAGGCAGCCAAGUCCCACCAGGUCUAUAUUCAAGUCGGCAUCAUUGAGAAAGACGGGGGCACUCUGUACUGUACGGCCUUAUUAGUUGGUCGAGAUGGAUCGGUAUUGUUGAAGCAUCGCAAAUUGAUACCCACGGCUGCAGAGCGCCUGGUGUGGGGACGAGGUGCAGGAGAUGGCCUUGGAGUCGUACAAACUGACAUUGGCAAAAUUGGCACCUUGAUAUGCUGGGAGAACUACAUGCCCGCAGCGCGGAUGGCUCUCUACCAGCAAGGAGUCGAAAUCUACAUAGCACCCAACGCGGAUGAUCUACCAUCCUGGAUCGCAUCAAUGCAGCAUAUUGCUAAAGAAGGACGCUGCUUCGUUGUCUCGGUAAAUUCAAUGGUUAAGGUUUCGGAUUUUCCGAAGGACUACCCACCAUUUACCCCUGAGCAUCAUGACAGGAAGCCAGAUGGCUCACAGUGGGAGCCUGACGAUAUUGUUAAUCACGGAGGGUCCUUCAUUGUAGGACCUCUGGGAGUUCCUAUAACCGAGCCGGUAUGGGACAAAGAAGAGAUCAUCUAUGCCGAUUUGAAAAUGUCGGAAGUAACGGAGUCAAGAUUUGACUUCGAUCCGGUUGGUAGCUAUGCUCGCCCAGACGUGUUCACGUUGACAGUGAAUACCAAGCCAGGGACAAAUGUGAGCUUUACCAAAUAAAGCAAAGAAACGGACUGGGCAGUAGAAAACCUGGGAUAACGCCGUUUGAUCGAUAUAGGAGACACGUAGCUGGAUAGGGUGCAUAUUCGAGGAUCCGAGUCUGGACUUUCAUCUACAUAGAUCGUACGUAGAGCACAACCAUGAAUAGAAAAAACCUGGUUUGUAUCCACAGAACGACCCGCUAUGGUGACUCCUUCGAGAAUGAUUGCUCGCCUUCACAUGUGUAACCUAUCUCCAUUGAAGGAUUUCCAAGCACGUGGAACUUGUCCAAUGGCCGGGUGGCGCGGGAUUUUGAGGCUCCUCGGUGUCUCAGUGUCCCAAGCACAAUGGGGACCGAAAGCUCGGGUCGUCCCUGGCAUCUGUAGUAGUAUCUAUGGUGUCAGUGGCGGCGGUCAGCAAUCACACAGGUUUUUCUUUUCUUCGGCGGCUGUUAACACGCAUGACAUGAAUGUGCGGGGGACGCCGUCCCUGACAUCAUGUACCCAGGCUACCUGUGUAUAGGUACGAAUCGCGUAUCGGGAAUCGCGUAUCGCCAUUAGGCAUAGUAUGGGAUUGUCUGGGAUUGUCUGGGAUUGUCUGGGAUUGU